AUGCUUAGCCGGGUUAGCUGCCGUUCCUCAGCAACUUUCAGAGUCAAAGGACUUGUGGGCUGUAAAGCGGUAUUGCCUGAAGGUAUAAGAUGCAUUGGCUCCUCGCGUACUCGUUCAAGCACUUCGCAACUUACGCCUGCUGAUAUCACACAGACUGUGUCAGCCGGAUCAGCAACUCUCAUGUCAGAACCACUUGCUUUGUUACCCAAAGGACAGAAACCAAAAUUCAUUAGCGCAUUGUCUCCUAAAGAGUUGACCAGCUUUAUUCUUCUUUCAAGCGUGACUUCUUCGAAAUAUCUCAUUGAUCUAUCUGCCAAAGCUCUACCGUAUACGCCGAACUCUUUGGUUAAGCAGUUCGUUUAUCCUAUUUAUUGUGGCGGUGAGACCUUUCCGGAAGUUCUUGAAACAGGCCGUAAACUGUUGAAUAGGGGAAUCGGAAAUAUGAUGCUUUCAUACUCGGUUGAAGAUGCAGAGGGAAAUUCACCAGCAGCCAGUUCUGCACUUCUCGCAAAUGCUGUUUCGGAGAUUUGCAAUUCUAUUGAUGAGGUAUUGGUUCCUCAUUAUGAUAUUGCCAAGCAGGCCUAUGAUGAGGAAAAGUCGACAGUUGUUCCUGGCCAGGGAUUCAUCGCCUUGAAGCCGACCGGUUUAAUGGUUGGAGCAACGGAUAUUUUGAGAAAUUUUGACCAACCGGCGUACGCUGACAAAUGGCAGCAGUAUCUUCAAAUUUGUAGGAAAAUUUGUCAACAUGCAGCUGAGCACGGUCAAGGCAAGGUUGCCGUUGUUUUUGAUGCUGAGAAGAAAGUUCUCCAGCCUGGUGUUUACGCGGCUCAGAGAGCCAUGAUGGAAGAGUUCAAUAAGCCAUCCAAGGAGGUAGUCGUAAUCGGAACCAUUCAAAUGUACUUGCAAGACUCUCUAGAUCAGCUCAAGCAGGAAUUGGAUCUGGCGAAGAAAAAUAAUUACCAAGUAGGAUUGAAGCUGGUUAGGGGAGCUUACAUUCAUUCAGAGCCAGACAGAAUGAAUACCAUCCACGUUGACAAACAGAGCACUGAUAAUUGCUAUAAUGAAGGGGUUUCCAUUAUGCUUGACGACAUUUUCGAGGCCGAAAAGACUCUCUCAGCUCCAGUUGUUGGUAAGCUAAUUGUCGCUACUCAUAAUGAGCACUCAUGUGCACUUGUCGAUCAAAGAUUACAAAAUGCUGCUGCCGGUCUAGGAACUCUGCAAGCCACUAAUCUCUCUAACCGUGUUGUAUUUGGUCAACUUAUGGGAAUGGCCGACGACCAGAGCCAUGAACUGGCUAGUCGCGGUCAUCACGUUGUCAAAUACGUUCCCUGGGGACCGGCUCAGGAAACCAAGGAAUACUUGGUCAGACGGCUUGAAGAGAACGGAGAUGCUGCAAGAGAAGGUGGUAUUAAGUACGCAAAGUUUGGAGUUCAAGAACUAUUUUCGCGUCUCAGAUCUAAACAAACUGCUUAA